AUGUCCCAGAGCACUGCUGCGGAUGACACCGAGCAGGCGUCGCUCGCGGCGAAGGAGGGGAGCGCUCUCGAGAAUAUCCUGCCCGACGUCAUCAGGAUACCGUUCGAGGAGGCGGUCCAGGACGUCAAGCUGGAAGGGUGGGAGGACGAGUGGUUCUCGACCGGGCACUACAACGUCGAGAAGUACGGCCCGCUGGCUGAGCCUAAGAUCGACUUCGUCUACAACUGGGUCAACGGGUCCGAGGACGAGUUCAAGGCGAUCCGGCACGGCUACGAGCUCGACUCGCCCCUCAACGACAAGGACGGCAAGUGGAUCUCGCGGCACAGCAUCAACCGCUACCGCGACUGGGACGAGCUCCGGUACUCGCUCCGCAGCCUUGACGUCUACGCCAAGGGCUUCGUCAACAAGAUCCAGCUCCUUGUCAACUCGGUCGGCGGGGCGUCGUACCAGCGCGACGGCAAGAACAUGCGGCCGCAGCGGCCCGCGUGGCUCAAGGACGACGACGCCGCCCGCGAGCACGUCGAGGUGCUCAGCCACGAAUCCUUCUUCGGCAAGCGCGAGCGCGAGUGCCUCCCCACCUUCAACUCGCUCUCGAUCGAGUCGCAGAUCUUCCGCACGCCGUCGUCGACGGACCAGCUCGUCGCCCUCUCCGACGACAUGUUCCUCGGCGCGCCCCACGCCGCCUCCGACUUCUACUCGCCGCUCUUCGGCCCCGCCGUCGCCUUCAAGCCUGACCGCUACAACGUCCGCCGCCUCGCCGGCCCCGACCAGGCCCCCUCCUUCGGCGAGAAGCCCUUCGUCUACUACACCUCCUACCUGCUCAACCACCGCUUCGGCGAGCGCAACCGCCACGUCCAGGCCCACUUCGGCCACUCCGUCUCGCGCAGCGUCAUGCGCGAGGUCAUGGACUCCUUCCCGCUGCCGUCCGCCCGCGGCGCCUGCGAGCGCUUCCGCGGCGAGUCCCGCUUCCAGCUGUACCCCUGGUUCGCCGGCGUCCACUACGCCAUCGAGCGCUUCCGCGAGGUCCUGCUCUGGUCCUUUAUCCUCUCGCGCUCCGACGGCGACGGCGACGGCUACCUCGACUGGGCCGAGCGCCAGGCCAUCCUCGCGGCGGUCGAGGCCGGCCGGCGCGAGCUCGACGGCGGCAGCCCCAGCCCCAGCACCGACCCCUCCGGCCCAGCCACCGCGCAGGGCAGCUCCGGACGCGACCGCAUGUACUACAAGUUGGCGGAGGAGCUGCGGCGCGCGGGCCUGCAGCCGCCGCAGGCGAACGUCAACGUGCUGUGGACGUCGCUCGACGGGCCGGAGACUCUGCGUAACGCCAAGUGCGGCGGGGACGCGUUCGCGGUGGAUAAGUGCCUGGGGGACGGGUUCGGGUCGGGGUUGUCGGACGCGGGGGGCGCGGCGAACCCGGACUUCGCGGCGGCGACGGUGUUCGCACGGCUGGCGCGCGAGCACCCGCAGUGCGGCGACUGUCUGCUGAAGCUGGUGCUGGAGGGGGGCGGGGGUGCGCGCGGGCUGGAGGCGCUGCUGCCGCCGCGGGCGGCGGCGACGGCAGCGAAGCGCCGCGACCGCGACGUCGUCGUGCGCGCGCUCAAGAAGUACCAGCAUACGGUGGUUGACACGGACGCGAUGAAGUUCGUCAUGGUGCGCGACGCCGAGCAGGCUGAGGCCGAGCUGCUCGAGCGCGCGGUGCGCCGCGGCCGUGUCUUCGGCCAGUGGUGCCUCAACGACGACGUCAUGACCGAGAGCGCCGAGCAGGUCGGUCGCGUCCGCGACGUCAUGGCCCAGGUCUUCGAGACCCUAUGGCCUGCCCGCGGCCGCUGGGAGAAAGAGGGUUCGUGA